ACCAACCUCUUAUACAAGCACACGACUCGAUACCUUGCAGCAAACGCGUCGUUUUAGACAUGGCUGCCGCGUCUGAUUCUGAUUGGAAUGCCAGAAGAAAUGCGUUCUUAAAUUCGGUGCUGGAGCAAUUACUUGAAGCCCGUUUGGAAAUUGAUACUCUCGGGAAACGCGUCAUCUCUGCUGAAAAAGAGCGUGGUGAAUGCUACUGUCAGCGCGUCAAUUCAAGCAUUCGCCUUCCAGUCCUGCCAGUGCCCGAAAUGCCCCAGUCAAUGGCUCAUGAAUGGCAGACGGAUUUAGCUCUUAGAUUACAAACCGCUGAAACGGGAUUCAGCAAGGCGAAAGAGGAAUACAACAAAUUGAAGGAAUCUCUCACCUCUACAAAUGAAGAAGUGACAUUCAUCAAAUCGCGUAAUCAACAGUUAGAAUAUGAUCUUUUUCAAGUUCGAACUCAGCGCGACCAGCUUCUUGAAGAACAAGCGCACCUAUCCACUGUCCUGAGAAAUGAUUACGCCGCUCAAGCCUUUCCAGAUAAUGCCACUGGAUCAGAGAUAGACCGUAAUGGGCACUGGACACUCGAGAAGGACUCGAGAGGAUCGAUACCCGAACUUAUUUCUAUAAUUCAGGCUCGGGACGCGCUGAUAAAAGAUUUACAAGAGACAGUCGACAGAGAGCACUCCUUGAACCAUCAGUUGAAACAGAAUCUCGCAACUGUCUCCAGUGAGAUGCGAAACGCAAGUAAGACUGUUUUGGAGACCAUUAGUACAAGAUUACAUGCCCCAACAUCCACGCGCAAACGAAGUGAAAGUGAGCCCAGUUCAAGCCGUAAUCCUGGAGCCGUAAAGGAGACCAUUCUUCCCGCCGAUCGCCAAUCCUCCACUUGCACGCUACAGCCGACCAGAUCCGUGGUUCACAGGAAAUCGGUGCUGGCAAAGUCGAACGAUAUUACAUCAUAUGUCACUGAUGUACCAGAGGAGCGACUUAAAACCUUACGAGACCUUGAGACAGUGACCAACCCUACUUCUGCAACUGGCAUCAACGCCUCAUACUCUCGGGAUUUCUUGAAGACAAACAUCGGCGGUAGCAUCCAGCCUCUGAUUGUUAGAGUUACGCACACUCAAACAGCACUCGCUCAAAAGCAUGGGAUUGACUGUUAUCUAUGCCCCAACUUAGAACAUAAUCCUUGGUGCCCAACCAUCCCCGGGCGACAUGGAUAUAUCUUCGUAGGCCUCGGAAUGGACAAAGAUGCUUUUGUAAAAAAGGAGGAAUUCUAUACAGUUUUUGUUGGCAUCAAGGAGAAUUCCUCUUCCCCCAGACUUUUACGUUAUCUCGGGCGGUACACUGCUACACAUGUAGCACCUUUGACAGUUGCGGAGUGGAAUACCCUCGCUCUAUCUGUUCAGGCGGCUUACUCUGAAACAACGAAGAAAGAGACAAAAGACAGCAGGCCGACGGAAAAGAUUAAGAGCCUGUAUGCCGAAGGGGUUCUCACCGUUCCUUGUGUCCUUCUCAAAUGUGUGGAAGUUGAUCACGAACUUUCAAGCAGUUUGGAGUUGGCCCUCCGUAACAGUCCAUCGCAGAAAACUGGAUCCGUCUCUCCUUCAAAGCGACGGCGUGAAAUUCAAGACGAAGGCGAAAACGUCAGUCGUACCCGAACCCGAAAGACUACAACUAGCCUGGCUGUUUCCAGUGCUAGUCAGCUGUUAGGAUGAGGAUAUAGCCUGUCUCCCUUCUUACAGAAAGAUUUAGCAUCAUGAUCACCUACAAUACCCAUCGAAUUCAACAGUUGUACCUACUACUUAGUCUCGUUUAGGGAAAUUUAUUGUUUUUGACUGCGUUGAUGGCGGUUUUGGUCCAACUUGCUGUUUCC